AAUAUUACAGACGGUGCGUUCAAUUGCCCAAACAAAGAUGGCCAGUACGAGGAUCCGAAACAGUGCGACAAAUUCUACCAGUGUGUCGACAGUCGCUCAACAGAGAAACUUUGUCCAGACGGUCUAGUUUUCGAUCCUCUGAAUCGCAAGAUCAAUAAAUGCGAUCACGUAUUUAAUGUGGACUGUGGAGAUCGUCUUGAACUGCAACCACCGCAACCGACAAAGAAAUGUCCGCGAAGGAAUGGUUUCUUUGCUCAUCCGGAUCCAUCUGUCUGCAACAUAUUUUACAACUGUAUCGACGGCGAGGCCAUUGAAAUCACUUGCACCACUGGUCUGCAUUUCGACGAGUACAGUGGAACUUGCGUGUGGCCUGACAGCGCUGGUCGCGAAGGUUGCGGAGUUGUAGAUAAGAAGCUGAAAGAUGGCUUCGAGUGUCCAAAGGAAACUCAAGUCGACACCAGAGGAAUGGUUGUCGAUCACCCGAAGUUCGCUCAUCCGGACGACUGUCAAAAAUUUUACGUCUGCCUAAAUGGCGUAACGCCCCGCGAACAAGGCUGUAGUGACGGCACUGUCUACAACGAGGAGCAACAGAGAUGCGACGCGCCCGAAAAUGUUGCCGGAUGUGAGGAUUGGUACAAGGACGAUGACAAGAAGCCAUGA